GCGUCGUGUUCUCUGGUAGUCUGCUGCGGGACCAGGACAGACAGCUGAGGGGGGCCUGAAUGUCCAACCGGGACAGUCGGUGGACUACCGCGAACUCGCACGCACGAUUCACAGGUCUUCACAGUUGACUGAUGAGCAGCCAGUAGGACUGGGGUUGGGCUACACCGACUGGCACAGCGGGUCAGCAGUGCCAGACAAGACGAUUGGAGGACAGAAGACAUAGUUGCAGAACUACUGGUGGUUUACUAGUGGUUAGCCUUAGCAUACUUGUGGCAGCAGGGAGGAAGAAGGAGGGCUUGGCGAUGGUCACAGCUAUGGAGGAAGCCUGUCCCAAUGGGGUACGGGAGGAGGAGGAGGAGAUGACGCCCCCGGGACAGCCUGGCGUGGAGGGGCCCCCGGCCGUGCAGUCCACCCAGGAACCAGAUACGUCUGGAGCCAUGCAGCAGGUGUUGGAUAAUCUGGGUGAGCUUCCCACCUCCACGGGUGCCAAAGACAUCGACCUGCUCUUCCUGCGCGGCAUCAUGGAAAGUCCCAUUGCGCACGAACAGCUGGAGGAAGUGAAGCUGGAGGCGGUGCAGGACAACAAUGUGGAGCUGGUGACGGAGAUCCUGGGCGACAUUAAGGGCCUCAAGGUUAAAGACGACAGUGCGGCCGAACUGUCCAGGAUCCUCCAGGAGCCACACUUCCAGUCUCUUUUGGAGGCACACGACAUGGUGGCCUCUAAGUGCUACGAAGUCCCGCCCCCGACUGAGACGGCCAAUGAUGCCGCCGUCAACAGCGCUCUGAUGCAGGCCGAUGCUGUGCGCAUGAUUGGCAUCCGAAAGAAGGCCGGAGAGCCACUGGGCGUGACAUUUCGUGUGGAAAAAGACGACCUAGUCAUUGCCAGAAUCCUUCACGGCGGCAUGAUCGACAGGCAGGGUCUGCUCCACGUGGGCGACAUUAUAAAGGAAGUGAACGGGAAGGACGUCGGCAACAACCCCACCGAGCUGCAAGAGAUGCUCAAAGACUGCAGCGGAGGGAUCACGCUGAAAAUACUCCCGAGCUACCGAGACGCUCCCGCACCUCCGCAGGUGUAUGUGCGGCCAUACUUUGACUACAACCCAGCCAACGACAACCUGAUCCCUUGUCGAGAGGCGGGGAUGGCCUUCAAGAAAGGUGACAUCCUUCAGAUUGUCAACAGAGAGGAUCCUAACUGGUGGCAGGCAUGCCAUGUGGUCGCUGGGGCUACAGGACUGAUACCCAGUCAGUUCUUGGAAGAGAAGAGGAAAGCUUUUGUCCCUCGAGACUUCGAUGGAUCAGGGAUCCUUUGUGGAACAAUAGCUGGAAAGAAGAAGAAGAAGAUGAUGUACCUGACAGCCAAGAAUGCAGAGUUUGACAGACACGAGCUGCAGAUCUAUGAAGAAGUGGCAAAAGUGCCUCCAUUCCAGAGAAAGACGUUGGUUCUGAUUGGCGCUCAGGGCGUGGGCCGACGCAGCCUGAAGAACCGACUGAUGGUCCUCCAGCCCACGCGCUUCGGCACCACUAUACCAUACACUUCACGGCGGCCCCGUGACGACGAGCUGGACGGCAACUCCUACCACUUCACCACGAGGACGGAGAUGGAGCUGGAUGUGAAGGCCGGCCGGUUCCUGGAGCAUGGAGAGUAUGACGGUAACCUGUACGGCACCAAGAUCGAGUCUAUCCAUGAGGUGGUGGCCACAGGACGCAGCUGCAUCCUGGAUGUCAACCCACAGGCUCUGAAGGUACUGAAAACAGCAGAGUUCAUGCCUUACGUGGUGUUCAUUGGGGCGCCAGAUUUUGAUACUCUCAAGGGCAUGCACAAAGCCGUGGUGGACGCGGGCAUCACCACCAAGCAACUCACGGAUGUGGACCUGAGGAAGACAGUGGACGAGAGCGCCCGGAUCCAGAGGGCGUACAGCCACUACUUCGACCUGACCAUCGUCAACGACAACCUGGACAAGGCCUUUGAGACGUUACAGGCCGCCGUGGACAAACUGUGCAGUGAACCCCAGUGGGUCCCGGUGAACUGGGUGUACUGAGGACCAGCUACAGUGCUCCCACUGACCACUCUGAGCGGGUCACACUAACCCACCAGAAUGUGUGUGU